AUUUGUUAGAAAAAUACUGCUGCUGGUACUCCCUCAUUCGUUGCUGGCAGAUCCUUGUUUCUUUUCCUCCUUCGUGUCUUGUGACCAGUCGAGUCGGCGGCUAAACCGUUUCGUCGCCAGGGCAGUAGCCGGAGGAAAGCGAGGAAAGAGUGUUUUUGGCGAGUUAAGUUCCGGAAAGAGCUAAAGAUCGUGCACGAUGGCCGCCUGGACAACGGCACUGGCCUGCUUCGUGGCCUCUGCACUGCUGGUACUCACCACAGCCCAACAGAUUCCCACAGAUUGUUUGUCAAUUAAGAAUUGCAGCAGCUGUGUGUUGGCCAAUAAUUGCACAUGGACUUUGAACGAGAACAACCAAUCAUCCUGUACCAAUGUGGACACAAAAUUUGCCUCAAAGGCAAGCAAGCUUGAUGAGUGCAAAUGGCUGACUAAUUGCAAUCUCAAGGAAAAUUGCUUGAGUUGCACUGAAUUGAAGUACAAUGGCAAUCAAACCUGCCAGUUUGACACAAAACACAAUCUGUGCUCUUUCCUUAUCACUCACACCGACGCUGCUGAUGAUCUUGUGGAUCAACCAGAUAAAUGCAAAGAUUUUCCAACACCGUCUGUUCCAACCACAACCCCCACUACAACCACAAGCAGCAUCAACACCACCACAUCUACCAGCACUACUUCAACCACCACUUCAACCUCGACCACGACCCCGAGUACCACUACACCUACGACGACUGUUCCAACUACCACAUCAACUAAAGCCCCAUCCACCACAGUCGCUCCUGUUCCUCCUGUGCCUGGGCGCAAGUUUGAUGGCCCCAGCUUCAUAGGAGGGAUAGUUCUGGCUCUGGGCUGCAUGGCCAUCUCUUUUGUCGCCUGGAAGUUCUACAAGGCGCGCACUGAGCGCAACUACCACACUCUGUGAUAAGCGAAAACGUUUGAUGCUGUUUAUUGUAGAUGCCUACAGAAUCUGAUGCACUCAGAGUUCAUGAUGUUUGGGUUUUUAUGUUCUUCAAGCUACUUUGGUGAGAAACGAGGUGUUAUUUUUCUACAUUUCCAUUUUUAUCUAAAUGAAUUGUAGUGUCCAAAAUUAUAAAGUAGAAAAAUAUUUUUGUUUUUGCAGCUACUAAUAAUAAUAGUUCGUCUAGGAUAUCAUAUUUGGAGCUGUGUUGACCAUUUUUUUUAAUUGGUAGAUUAGAGCUAUUUUUUAAUCAAUUUGCCUUUGAUGAUCAUACUGUUUUCUUUGUCCUAAUGACAACCGAUAUUGAGCAACAGUAUUUUUCUGGGGAUUGGGACGUUAAAUUAUGUUUAACACAAUAGAAUGUUAAAAACUAGCCAGUAUCGAGUUGCGUAGUGAACAACUAAGCAAUGGGAUUGUUAGCUGAGAAGGCAAGGAUGAUAUGAAGAAUGGAAAUGCUGAUUUAGCAAAAGAGAUUCUCUGAGUUAGUUGCAAACAUUGAGAGCUGCGUCAGUAAGUGAGUUUCGUAAAAACAGUAAUGAAAGUAAAGUACGCAAAAAUAAACACCUCAUUAAUCAUCAAAGUAGGAAAGCCAAACUCAUGAAUUUAAUGGGUGAAUGGGGGUGGGGGGGCUAGUUACAUCAAGGAGUAAAGGAGGGAGAGAAAAGAGAGCUGUUCUUGUUUGCCAUUUCACCGCACCGUCCAGUGGCAUUCCUUUUCUAUUAGAAUUCAAUUUAACUCAACUGAAGUGUGAAACUUUGGUAACACUUGUUUCGGGGAAUAUGAACAAAAUAUGGAAUCUCUGAGGCCCAGGAUCCGUCACAUGUUUGUACGUAAACACAAGCGUGGCUUUUAUUGAUGCAAUUUAAUACAAUAGAAGUUACAAUUUGCUAUUCACACACUUUCACAACAUAUAAUACAAUAGGCUUAGUCUGCUGUGCGUGCUCUUUGCUGACCCUCGAGCACAAUUUCUCGCUAUUCACACAUAAGUAAUGUAAGUUGCGGUAAAUCUCAUGACAGCACCUCGCCUGGCUUCUCAAUCACCAAUUUCUCAGUCUUGAACAUGCGGCUGAUCAUCGCCUGCAAAAAAGCAUCACGUUGUGACUGAGGAUGCGGUAUAUAUGUCGGGGAGGAGUCAAACACAAAGAGCACAGCUUUUUUGUUUCAAACGUUGAAGCGCAGGUGCAUUCAAGAAACUAGAAAAUUAGUAAUCCUAACGUUUAACUAUUUCUGAUUGUAAACCCAAAUAAAAUAUAAGAAAGACUUGCUCUGAAUAUAUUAAAGAGACCAAACAAUAUGAAGAAUAUAUUUAAUUUGACAAUGUUGA